CGAUGUGAGAGAGGAGCUCCGCCAUGAGCCAACAAGCUGCCGCUUUGCAGAAUUACAAUAAUGAGCUCGUCAAUUGUAUUGAGGACCUCUGCUCCAAGCGGGAAGAGUUGAACCGUCAGAUCAAGCUGGAGGAAGAGGAGAAGGAACGACUGCAACAUGACAUCCGUGUCUCCUCUGGUAAGCUGAGUAAGGUCAAUGAAAGCCUCGCACAAAGAAUGGCUGCACGUGCCACUUUCGACCGGACCAUUGCAGAGACUGAGGCUGCGUACACCAAGAUCUUAGAGAGCUCUCAAUCUCUGUUGAGUGUCCUGAAGCAUGAAGCCGGAAACCUUGGGAAAGCGUCAGAGCCUCGCAAGAAAGAACACUAAUGCAGAGGAAGUGGAUUUUAAAAGACUGAACUUCAAAAGAAAUGGUCAUAUUCGACUAAUUGUAUUUUUUGUAAAACAGGUAUGUUGCGAUUGUUUCUUUUGAAGCUAUGCACACA